AUGUGGAGAAUGCAGAGAAAACAGAGUUACUACACAUCUGUGGUGUCUGCACCGGUCCAUUGUGUGCACCCCGGAACCAUUCAGUGCUCACUGUACUCAGACGGACAUAUUUCUCUGACACACUGGUGCACAGACGCAACGUUUGAAAUGGCUGUUACCCUUCACACAGAUGUGGGAGAAUUUAAAAUUGAGUUGUUUUGUGAGCGCUCACCGAGAUCAUGUGAGAACUUUCUUGCCUUGUGUGCCAGUGGGUUUUACAACGGCUGCAUCUUUCACCGAAAUAUUAAAGGCUUCAUGGUUCAAACUGGAGACCCAACAGGCACAGGAAAAGGAGGGACCAGUAUAUGGGGUCGCAAAUUUGAAGAUGAGUUCAGUGAACACUUAAAACAUAAUGUAAGAGGAGUGGUCUCGAUGGCAAACAAUGGCCCCGACAUGAACGGCUCCCAGUUUUUCUUCACGUAUGCCAAACAGCCUCAUCUGGACAUGAAGUACACAGUGUUUGGAAAGAUUAUCGAUGGCUUGGAAUCACUGGAUGAACUGGAGAAACUGCCUGUCAACGAAAAGACGUUCCGACCGCUGAGUGACUGCCGGAUAAAGGAUGUGACCAUUCAUGCCAACCCUUUUGCUGGAUAGACGACAUACUUUUUAAAUAUGGAGAUGGGCCUUUAACACACACAUGGACUUGGGCGAUAUUCCCAAUAAUCCAAUUGAUACACUGUAUAGUACCUUGCCAUGGAUGGAUAACUUGUCAGAAGCUAGAAUUUAGAGAGAAAACCCCUGGACAGUUUGCAUGUCAGCCUUUGCUUACAGGAAUGACCCAGAAUUUAAAUAAUAAAGCAAUGCCCACAAAGCCCAAAAGAACAUUUAAAUACAUUUUUUUUUUUGCUGUAAUCAUUCCUCCUGUUCAUACUGACCAUUAGAAGAUACCUUCAUAAUGGAUUUACAAUGGAAGUGAUUGGGGCCCAAAAUCCACAGUCCUCCAUCUUGUAAAAAUGUAUUUAAAAUUUGAUCUGAAGCUAAUAUUCUUCAGUCGCCCAAAUGAGUGAAAUCAAGUAGAUAUGUUUCAACGUCACAGUGUUUUUAGUGCCAAAGUCCCUUUAUUUUUAACUGUACUUCCACUGCAGUUCAACAGGAAACGCAAAAAGGGAAUUUGAUGCUAAAACGACUGUAAAUGUGGUAGAUCUCCACUUGACUAACUCAGACUGCUGAAGCCUCACAUAAGCUUCACAUCAACUUUUAAAUGCAUUUUUGCACAAAAUGACUGCAUGGACACACUGGAUUUUGGCCCCCAUCACUUACAUUAAAGCACAUUUGAAGGAGAUCAUUUAACAGCCAAUAUGAACAGCAGGAAUGAAUACAGCGAGGAAAAACUCUUUAAGGCCUAUCCUUUAAUUCUCUUUUGGGCAAAAGAUAUAAUAUGGUUUUAAUAAGACAACUUUAUUCAUGCCCCACAGAUAAAUGCCACAUUUUGCAUCCCAAUUGCUCUUUGCCGACUCAUUCAAAAUUCAGUCCAAAAAGAAAACAUGUCUGACUUUGUGUAACAUUGUUCUACAGACUCUGAUCUUUUUUUUCUUGAUAAGACUGUAAAUAAAUUGCCAGUGUUUUGUACUAAAUAAAACUUUUUUUAAUGAA